GUUUAGGAGUAGCCACAACCGACAUGGAGCAUGCUCACCUCAACGUUCCCUAACAGACAUGUUCUCCCGAAACCGCUUUUCUUUCGAAGCCGGGGCUGCAGAGCUAACUUUUGAUUAUAAGUCAGCUUCAAAAGAUUUCGUCAUGUCUAGCGUGGUCCAGAUCUCGCAGAUCAUUCAUAUUAGCGGCAAGGCGAGACUUGAUGUGAACUUUGUAAGAAGCUCAAGACACAGCUGAUCCGCACUAUCCGCACCACACCGAACGUACGCGAUGAUAGUCGACACACGCACCGAGGUCACCGAGCGCGACAAGGAGGCUGUGGUGUUUAUUCCAAGGCCCAGCACAGUGCCCGAAGGAAGGAUGCCCAUGGUACCGGCCCUUGAUAUAGGAGGGAAAAGGCUGGCCCUCUUCGUCCUCCGCCCUGAGGGCUCUCUGCAACUUGAACGUGGUGACGGCUUGAAGGUCGUCUAUGGAUCCAUCAACAUGAUGGACGCCAACGGGAACACUGUCACCCGCGGAGUCGCUCCUCCAGCAAAGGAAGUAGAGACGACUCUUGUGCUUUCGCCCGACGGGACGAUCACGAGCGGUGAGAACGGCGCGGUGUUCCUCCGCAUUGAGUCCUUGGAGCUUCAGUUCCAAGGGCCGUUCAGGAGGACGAGUCAAGUGAUGACGCGGAACAUCAUCGGUGCCUCCGAGGUUUCCACUGAGGCGCAGAGGAUAGAUUUCCCGUUCGUCAAGGUGGAGACACUGCCUUGGGCCGGACAUCUCUUUGACGGUUUUGAAAUCUGGAAUAUGUCUGGACUCUAUGUUUACUUCAAGGAUGACCCCUCCGAGUACGUCGUGCACAUGCAGGCGUGGAUGUUAGGACUCGGAGAGACGGGGCGUUUUCACAACCAUUCUGACCAGUCCUUCUGUGAAAUCCACCUUUGCCUCUCCAACGGUGGUGGUACAAGCGGGAUGCGUUACUUCGAAGACGACUACACGCGUGACAUCGAUCAGAUCGCAGAACUCACGAAGGGCUAUGUGGAGAAGAACAGCACCCUCCUCGUAGUGCCGGAUAUGCACGAACAUGGUCCGCUGUGGAAGAUCCAGCCUGGAUCGCAGGCGAAGCCGCUGAUGCGCUUUAACAAUACGGUGGACUACCCGUGGCAUGGCUGGAUGGCGAGUGAGUUUGGGGAGUACGAGUUGCCGAUAAAGAGCCCGCUCCCCGAGGAUAAGCAGAGGUAUGACCUCUGGCUAGCCUUUGAGUUUCCGGAUUCGGCAUUUCAAUAUUGAUGGUCAUGUGCACCCGGUGCCUGGGACACCUUGACAGUUCAAAGCGGAAAAGGUAUAUGUUUAAACAGUAUGCAUAGCCGACAAUAGGAUCAUUCGGAUAUGUCAC